UCACAGCUGUCUCACUUUCUUCCAGUUCAACCAGCCCUGACAGCUCCCAAGCCUUGAGUCACAGAGACUUGGGAGCCACUCCACUCCCAGCAUCGUAGAGCUACAGCAGGAUUAAGUUUACCUCAAAGAUGGGAGAAAUCAGGGUGGAUAAUUUCAGCCUUGAAGACUUCUUCAGUGGAGAUAUUGACAGUUACAAUUACAGUUCUGACCCGCCCUUUACUCUGUCAGAUGCUGCCCCAUGCCCCUCAGCGAACCUAGAUAUCAACAGGUAUGCUGUGGUUGUCAUAUACGUUCUGGUGACUUUGCUGAGUCUCGUGGGAAACUCCCUGGUGAUGCUGGUCAUCUUGUACAAUCGAAGCACCUGCUCUGUCACCGACGUCUACCUGCUGAACCUGGCCAUUGCUGAUCUGUUCUUUGCCCUGACCUUGCCUGUCUGGGCUGCAUCUAAAGUAAAUGGAUGGAUUUUUGGCUCAUUCCUGUGCAAGGUAUUCUCGUUCCUGCAGGAGAUUACCUUCUACAGCAGUGUUCUGUUGCUAGCCUGCAUCAGCAUGGACCGCUACCUGGCCAUCGUCCACGCCACAAGUACACUGAUCCAGAAGAGACACUUGGUCAAGUUUGUGUGCAUCACCAUGUGGUUUCUCUCACUAGUUCUGUCCCUGCCCAUCUUCAUUCUUCGGACUACUGUUAAGGCAAACCCUUCUACCGUAGUCUGCUAUGAGAAUAUAGGUAAUAAUACAUCCAAGUGGAGGGUGGUACUGCGCAUCCUGCCUCAGACCUAUGGCUUCCUCCUGCCGCUGCUCAUCAUGCUGUUCUGCUAUGGGUUCACACUGCGCACGCUCUUUAAGGCCCACAUGGGGCAGAAGCACCGGGCCAUGCGGGUCAUCUUUGCUGUGGUCCUCGUCUUCCUGCUCUGCUGGCUUCCCUACAACAUUGUCCUGUUCACAGACACCCUCAUGAGAACCAAGCUGAUCAAGGAGACCUGUGAACGCCAGAACGAGAUUAACAAAGCUUUGGAAGCUACUGAGAUUCUUGGCUUCCUCCACAGCUGUCUUAACCCCAUCAUCUAUGCCUUUAUUGGCCAGAAAUUUCGCCAUGGACUUCUCAAGAUCAUGGCUAAUUAUGGCCUUGUCAGCAAGGAGUUCUUAGCCAAGGAGGGCAGGCCUUCUUUUGUUGGCUCUUCUUCAGCGAACACCUCCACUACCCUCUAAGACUGUUUACUUAAACUGUGGCCCCUCUGGGUUCCUUCUUGUCCUUCAGCAUGGCUCAUUACCAGAGACUGUGAUAUUUGAAUUGAUGCAGUUCCCUCUACAGCUACAGGA